CAUUCCAGGCCAUUCAUGGCUUCCAUCCAGUAUGAGGACAUCCACAUUUGUGGAGGUGUGCUGAUCCACCCACAGUGGGUGCUGACAGCAGCCCAUUGCCACCUCAGGUUUGCCAGACACCAGUCUUCCAAAGUGGUUUUAGGAGCACACUCCCUCUCAAGGAAUGAGGACUCCAAACAAACAUUUGAUAUUAGAAAAUUCAUACCAUUCCCAAAAUUUGAUACAGAUCCUAAAGCAAACGAUAUAAUGCUGGUUAAGCUUCACAUGGCCGCAACACUUAACGAGCAUGUCCAGCUGCUCCCCCUAAGAUCCAAAAAUGAUAUUAGAGCUGGAACAAAAUGCCAGGUUACUGGCUGGGGAACCACCGACCCAGAAGCGUUACUCCCCUCUGAUACCCUGCAAGAAGCCACUGUUACCAUCAUCAAUAGAAAACUUUGCAACAGCCGGAGUUAUUACAACCACAAGCCUAUUAUAACUAAAGAUAUGUUAUGUGCAGGAGAUACCAGAGGCCAGAAGGAUUCCUGCAAGGGUGACUCGGGUGGCCCCUUGGUCUGCAAAGGUGCCUUCUCCGCCAUAGUCUCUGGAGGUCAUAGAUGUGGGGACCCCCGGAAACCUGGAGUCUACACCCUAAUAAACAAGAAAUACCAAGUUUGGAUCAAAAGCAAGCUUGCCCCAUCUCAUGCACACUGA